UGGACAAAACCUGCUCCCUGCAGCCCCCCGCAGGCGGGCAGGCAGCGACGCGGCCCGGCCCGGCCCCGGCGGGGCGCUCACCUGGCGGGGAGGGGAGGCGGCACCGCGAGCGAUGGCGGCCGCCGAGCCGCCGGGAGCGGGGGCCCUCCCGCAGCUGGCGGAGAGCCUGCUGUGUCAGCUGCAGGAGAAUUUUGAAGCUCUGACUGAAAAGAUAACGCUGAGAAUGGAAGAAAUGGGCGAGCGUAUUGAUGACCUUGAGAAGCACGUUGCUGACCUAAUGACAGAGGCUGGGAUAGAGAAUACCGAUGAAGAGUCAAGAGUAAAGAAACUUUACUUUUCCUCAUUGAAAUGAGGAUGUGAUCAAGAAAGAUAAAGGGAGAACAGCACUGCACUGAAUCAGGGAAUGCGUCAUUGCUUGCAAUCAAUCACAAAACGUACCAGUGGAAACCAACACGCUUGCACCAUGCCAUGACAGAAGCUGGGUUUAUUCAUCCAAACUGUAAUUCCUGUAAUGGGUAAUGAACCACUCAUUUCAGGGGAGGCAAAAGCAAUAUUAUGGAUACAAAUCUAUCCUGUACAGCUAGCUUACCAGUCACAAACUUUUUCAAUGUAGAAAGUGAAUUUCAUUUAAUAUUAAAAUUUUCAUCAUGUUU